AUGGAUGCUUGGAAUAGUGCAACAACUUUUGGAGCAGAUGGUCUACUGGGAUUUAGUAGUCAACUCCCAGACAUUUUAAAUUUAUCUGAUCCUUUAUUGGCCAAGAUAAUCACAUCCAAAAAGGCAUUACAGUUAUUGGAAUCAAAUAUAGUUUCUGGAGUUUCUGAAGAUGGAGAGGAAAGUAAUACCAACAAUGAAAAUAAAGCUAUUAUAGAAUUGUUAAUGUCGGCAUGUGAUGGCGAUGUUGUCACUUUAGAGAGCAUAACUAGAUCUAAUCCACAAAUUGUCAAUCAACUAUUUCCUAGUGAUGAAAAUGGUGCAACAGCAUUGGUAUAUGCUGUCUGUUUUAAUAAUCCUGAUAUUGUCGAAUCCUUACUAGAGAACCAUAAAGCUGACCCUGAUAUCCCUGACUCAAUUGUAAAUUAUACACCUAUUAUGUGGGCGGUUCAUCUUAAUUAUUUGAACAUUGUCCAACUAUUACUAGACCACCAAGCAGACCUUUUUUUGUCACCGAAAGAUGAUGGGACAAACGCAAGCACAUUAGUAUUCCCGGAGAAUACAGAAAUGUACGAAUAUUUCCGAUCCCAUAAUUUAUUAAAAACUAAUGCCGACAACAGUCAAGACAUUUAUCAAGCAACCUCUUUUUUGCCCCAAGAUGACUAUGAAGAUGAUUUGAGUACAAAACUCAAAAUGCACACUAUCACGAGCAAUACCAUUGGUAAUGAAAAUGAAGAAAAUUCUGAACCACAAGUUAUAGGAGAGGAUGAAGAGUAUAAUUUGGCACAAGAUCCAAUACUUCAACAACUUCCUGAAUUUGAGUAUGAUAAACUUUUACCAGAACAGUAUAUUAAAUUUACAGAUAGUGAUAUACCAACAUUAUUGAAUUAUAUUUUUGAUUUGAGGUCACAAACUACAUAUCAACACAAUACCAAAUUACUGGCUGCCAUUGUUUUCCAAUUGGUUAGAUAUUCUGCAUUGAAGGUUGAAUCUACAGAAUUAACUGAUUUCUUGUUUGAUUGUUUUACAGCAAGAUUGCGAACAAUUACAAAUACCAAGUCAGGGGCAUUUAACAUGGCAAUCCAAGAUGAUGGUAAACCUGCCAACGCCAUGGGUGCUGGUGAUAUAGUCUUGUUGAGUUACUGGUUGUCCUCAUUACAAUUUUUGCAUUUCUAUUUUGGUAAAAACAACAUUUAUUUAAAAUUCCCCAGAUUUUUACAGGAAUUGAUCAAUUUAGUCCAAUCAUUAACUGCAACAUUAUCGUUUUCAAUUAAUUCCAGAUUAAAUUUACUUGUUGAUGAUUGUAUUAUUAAUUUCACUAACCUAGUGGAUGUUUCUAACGUAUUAUAUGCCAAAGAUUGGAACUUGUUUAAGAAAAACAAGUCGCACCCUAAUACUUAUGAUGAUAUCAUGAAUACAUUAUAUCCACCAACCCAAAUGGAGUUAAUGAAACCAUCACCUAUUAGGUAUUUGCAAGUUUUAGGAGCUUUGGAUUAUGUGUUGAGAAUUCACAAGGUUGAUAAUUUGCUUCGCCUGGAAGCCUUUUCACAAGUAUUUUAUUAUAUCAAUUGUACCAUUUUCAAUCGAUUAAUUAGUCAAUCUAAAUACUGUUCCCGUGCCAAAGCCAUUCAAAUACGUCUCAAUGUAUCAGCAAUUGAAGAUUGGUUACGGUCACAUAAUGUGAAAGUGUAUAAGCCAGAUACGAUUGGUGGUUUGAAUAAAUUACUUGGCAAUGAAGAUGUCAAAUUGCACAACCUUUUGAAUGAAGAUGCAUCUUUGAAACAUCGCAAGAAUCCUCAUUAUUUACAAUUUUAUUACAAUUCACUUUAUCAUAUUGGGAAAAAUCAGUUACAACCAACAAUUGAACUUUUACAAUGGUUGCAAUGUAUGACUUCGUUAUCAGAUGAAGAAAGUUUGAUAAAUACCAUUAAUCAAUUUGAUUGUUUGAAUUAUUAUCAACUUUUCAAAGUUGCCAAUAAGUUAUAUAAAUACGAAGUUAAUGAAGUGAAAUUACCGAAGAAAUUGAUUCAAGUGAUCAAAUCAUUAAUGACUGAACAAGGACCUAAUCAAAUUCAAAGAAUGUUUUUGCAUUAUAUGACACAAACAACUUUUUUGUCUAAAGAGGAAUAUAUUUACUUGAAUCCAAACUACAUUUUUGAAGUUGCAUUACCUAAUUUAACCGAAUUAAUUAAUAGUUAUGGUGCAGGUCUUGGUGGUGUUAGAAUACUUAGAAAUAAAAAAUACCAACCAUCAUUACCUAUUUCAAUUAUGGAUGACAUUGAUGAGAAGUUGACUGAGAAUAGGUCAUGGCAAAAUGAAACCUACGACUAUGAUAAUGAGAAGGAUGGUGAAGAUGAUGAAGAAGAAGAACACAACGAAGGAGCAAAUGCAAAUGGUGAUUCUGGAUCUGUUCAUCCAAGUACCUUUGAAAAGAAACCGACACAUACUAAAGAAAUUGAAGAUUUUAAAGGAGAUGAAUUAUUCAAACAGGUACAAAUGCCAAAUUCGUUGCUUCAUAAAAAUUGGGGUGAUACCUCAACAGGAGUAGAAGAUUUUGAAUCUAAUCCAUGGUGA